UAUAACAUUUCCACAACUAUAUAUGCUUCCUAACCUUAUAUAAUUUCUUUGUGGAGUACAAGUACCAUUUGCUCUUAUUUAAUUAAAAAAAAAGAGACAAAGUACCAUUCUCUCUUUUGCAAGGCCAGUCAUACUAUAAACUUUAGUUAUAUAAGAUUUUAGGAUGUGAGUAGGUAAACAUCACUUGUUCAACUUAAAAAUUGGUAGCGUUGCCAAGUAAAUAAAUUCACAAAAAAUUUCAAUAGUAACGAACCCCAAAAGCCUGGAAUUGGCACUGUAUCAGAAACCCGACAACCCGGCCCGUUGCCAGUUAUGAUUCACUAGUUUAUUAUCUUAUAUCAAUUAUUUUGGCAGUGAUUUUUCCAACUGAAAUAACGAAGAGCGAACCUAAUAAACAGCAGCAAUGGCUGCUCCUCUGUCUGUCCACCAUAUUAGACCACCAUUAUCUUCUGAUAACUCGAUCUUGAAGAACCCCACUUCCAGUUCCACCACCAUUGUCGCAACGGCAACCACCGCAGCUUUCACUGCCAACUCCAUAGCCACCACCAACGACCAUCCAAUUCAUCCUCAUCCAUGUCUCGCAUUGCUUGAUAAAUGCGCCAAUGUUUCCCAGCUCAAGCAAAUCCACGCUCAAUUGCUAAGAACCGGCCUCUUCUUUGACGCGUUCACCGCCAGCAAAAUCGUUGCCUUUUGUGCUCUCCAAGAACACGGAAGCCUCCGCUAUGCCCGUCUGGUUUUCACUCAAAUCUCCAAUCCCACCACUUUUACUUGUAAUUCCAUUAUUCGAGGUUAUACCAAUAGGGGUUUGCCUUCCGAGGCCAUGCUUUUCUACCAAGAAAUGCUUUUCCGUGGUUUAUUGCCCGACAGGUUCACAUUUCCUUCCCUGUUCAAGUCUUGCGGGGAUUUGCGGGAGGGAAAGCAGCUGCAUUGUCAUUCUACCAAGUUUGGGUUUGCUUCCGAUUCUUAUAUUCAGAACACUAUGAUGAAUAUGUAUUCGACUUGUGGGUGUUUGGUUUCAGCCCGAAAGGUGUUUGACAAAAUGGUGGAGAAAAGUGUGGUUUCUUGGGCAACUAUGAUUGGAGCUUAUGCUCAAUGGGAUGAACCCACUGAAGCUGUGGUGCUUUUUAAUAGAAUGGAAAGUGGAAACGUGAAACCUAAUGAGGUUACGUUGGUAAAUGUCUUAAGUGCCUGCUCCAAGGCAAGAGAUUUGGAAACUGCAAAACAGGUGCACAAGUACGCAGAUGAAAAUGGGUUUGGAUCCCAUGUGGUACUUAGUACAGCUCUUAUGGAUGUCUAUUGCAAAUGUGGAUGUGUAUCACUGGCUCGGGACUUAUUUGACAAGAUGCCGGAACGGAACUUGUUCUGUUGGAAUAUAAUGAUUAAUGGAUAUGUUGAGGAUAGUGAUUAUGAAGAAGCUUUACUACUCUUUCGGGAAAUGCAGCUUCGGGGCGAAAAAGGCGAUAAGGUGACCAUGGUCAGCCUGCUGCUUGUUUGCGGCCAUUUAGGUGCUCUUGAGCUUGGGAAGUGGUUGCAUGCCUACAUACAGAAAGAGAAAAUUGAAGUGGACGUUACUUUGGGUACAGCACUUGUGGACAUGUAUGCAAAGUGUGGAAGCAUAGAGAAUGCGCUGAAAGUUUUUAAAGAACUGCCUGAGAAAGAUGUUAUGACUUGGACCACCUUGAUUACUGGUCUUGCCAUGUCUGGACAAGGGGAGAAGGCUUUAAGGCAUUUUUAUGAGAUGCAGAGAAGUGGGGUGCAACCAGAUGCAAUAACCUUUGUUGGGGUAUUGGCUGCUUGUAGUCAUGCUGGACUGGUGGAUGAAGGGAUUUCACACUUCAAUUCCAUGUCUAAUAUGUAUGGCAUUCAGCCUACCAUUGAACACUACGGUUGUUUAAUUGACAUAUUAGCACGAGCUGGUAGAAUAACCGAGGCAGAGGAAUUGAUUGAGAAGAUGCCAAUGGCACCAGAUCAUUUUGUUUUGGGAGGCCUUCUUGGUGCUUGCAGAAUCCAUGGCAACCUCGAGGCUGCAGAAAGAACUGCUCAACGACUUUUAGAACUUGACCCAGAAAAUGAUGGAACAUAUGUGCUCUUAUCAAACAUAUAUAGUUCAAUGAAAAAGUGGGAGGAAGCUAAAAGAAUUAGGGACUUGAUGGCAGAAAGAAACAUAAACAAGGCUCCAGGAUGCAGUCUUAUUGAGGUCGAUGGAAUUGUCCAUGAAUUUGUGAAGGGGGAUUCAUCACACCCUCAAUCCACAAGGAUUUAUCAAAUGGUGGAAGAUAUGAUCUGCCAAUUAAAGAAAGCUGGUUAUGUUCCUGACACAUCAGAGGUAUUUUUGAAUACAGAUGAAGAGGAAAAAGAGGCUGCACUAAGCCUUCACAGUGAGAAGUUGGCAAUAGCAUUUGGACUCUUGAGUACAAAUCCUGGGACAUCGAUCAGAGUAGUCAAAAACCUUCGUGUUUGUGUUGAUUGUCACACUGCAAGCAAGCUUAUCUCAAAAGUCUACAAUAGGGAAAUAAUAGUGCGGGACAGGAAUCGGUUUCACCAUUUUAAAGAAGGAUUUUGUUCUUGCAAUGAUUUCUGGUGAUCUAACAAUUGUAGUUCGUACAUAAUUUUCAAAAUCAUAGUCAUACUCUUGCAUUCA